GGUAACAAUAAUGUAGACUUGUGUAAUGUGUAACUGUAAAUAUUGUAAUUAUUGUUUAGUCUAGUGUAAUCAUUAAUGUAGAACAAUCAAUUGAUUUAUUUUACAAUAUAUCACUUUACUAUACGCUCAUUGGUGUGGAUUCAUUGUCUGCUUGCUCAAAAGAACCAAAACCUUAGUAAGUGGGUUGAGGUAUAUUAUUAAUAUUGAUAUAAUAUUAUUAAUAUUGAUAUAUACUAUAUAGAAACUUAUAAAUGGCGAUUCAUUGCAGGAGUUCAAUGCAUGGAAUUUAAUCCAUAUUUAUGAGUGUGUAAUAUUGUGUAGUAAAUUAAUUGAUUGUUUUGCGUUGUUUUAAUUGUUGUUAACAUGGAGGUUUUAGCUAAAAAGAUGGCCAUGGUCAAAUGCUCAGGACAGAUUAUUAAAUGUAUGCAAGGAUCUCCAGAUCCAUGGGCUAAGGCUCAAGAUUAUGUGGCCAGGGCAAUUGAUGACAAAUCUCUGUCUAAAGGUGGCCAUACAUGGAUAGAGUGGAUAGAUCCGCUCGUUUGGCGAUGUCUGCUGCCUGAUCGGAUCUGCCUGAUCGGAUCUGCCCGAUAUUGCCCACCUCAAGGUGGGCAUAUCGGAGGGAGAUCCGCUCGUUUGGCGACAUCGCUUUCGGCCAGAUCUCGAUCAGGGAAGCCCGUCGGGGGCCCCCAUACACGGGCCAAUAAGCUGCCGACACAGUCUGUCGGCAGCUUUUAUCGACCCGUGUAUGGCCACCUUAAGUCAAAGGGUAAAGGUACACUGGUUUCUGCUGCCUGUUGGAUAGCAGAACAGUAUAAAACGUUAUAUGUGCAAAAAGGGAAUCUUGAAGAAAAGGUUCAUUGUUUAAAUGUUUUAGUAGAUUCUCUAAAAUUUUCUGUAGAAAAUGCUGCUGCUAUUAAUGUUAGUAACCAGAAAACAACUACAGAGUACAAGCAGGUUUGCAUAGAGAAUGAGCAGCUCAAACAAAGGCUGAGGGAUGCAGAAAGUUUGGUUGCAACCUUCAGAAAAGCAGGGGCUGAUCAUUCAAAUUGCAAAUCUGAGCUUAAACAGUUAAAUGCUCAGUUGGGAGCAAGAGCUUGUGUAGUUUCUGCAGUUAAAGUAGAGAACACUGCUAAAAAUGAUAGAAAUGUAACUGAUGUGAAAUGCAUAAAAGACAGCAAUAUGAAUUGUGAAUUAGCAGUCAAAAGUAAAAUGCUAAAUGUGGAUUGUUAUAGACAGGCCAAGCCUCCUGUAGUAACAUUGAAAUGUACAGAAAAUAGGACUGCAGUACAAAAGCAGGACGUUCCUAAAGUACAGGUUCAUAAACCUAUUCAACCCAGGAGGCAGCCUGGCAGUGAAAGGGUGUUUGCCAUAAAGGCUACCCACCCUGAGAAACAAAGUGUGUACGGUACAGAUACAUGGAUUCCCUACCAUGUUCUUAAAACUCCAAAUGAAAGGCUGAGUGAAGAGAACUCAAGUCUGAAAAAUGCAUGGGGAAAAUUUAACAAUGAAUUGGAGAGUCUCAAGAUAGAGAUUUCUCAAAUGAAAAGAACAAAAGAUGAUGUAAAUCGGUGCUAAUGUCUUCUAUGAGUUUGUUUUCCAGGUAACAAGAUUGGCAGAAAAAAUAGUUAUAGAGGACCUUAUCUAUUUGUUUUUUUUACUUUUUGUACUUAAGGAAAAGCCUCUAAAUUGAUAUGGUACAGUCAGGUUGAACAAAUUCUAAAAUAUUUUUGUUUUUAAUAGUUAGAAUUGCCUGCACUGUGGAGUUUUGAAAUAGUUGCUAUGUUAGUCUACAAAAGGGUAAAAAGCACUGAGGCAUAUUUAGAAUUUUUAUUUUUGGUGUAUUUUUGCCUGAGUGACAUGUUUUCUUUUACCUUUGGUUUAGCAGCAACACAUUCAUAACAUUUUUACAUAGACUGCAUGCUGCUUGAUAACAUCAAUAUGUGUUUCCCAUUCAAAGCAGUAUUCACUCUAUAUUUUUUUUUUCUCUUUUGACUUUUAUUGUUUGUUUCUGCAUUGUGUAAAAUUUACAGUUGUCAAGGGGGGUGACAACACUCCAAUAUACCGUCUACAUGUUAAAAGUUACCAGAGCCGUCUGUUCUCAGCAAAUGUACAAGUGUCUUACUUUGAUAUGCAUGGGGUUAUUUACAUAACAGAUCUGCGAGAGACGGCAGUUUACUUCUUGUGUUGUUCUUUUGUGUGGGGUCUGUCCCAAAUGAUCUCUCUUCUGAUAAUAAUGCUAAUUUCUGUUUUGUUGGGUUGUGAUAAUCUGGCAUGAAACUGAUAUGGAAAUACUGAGACAAAGGCGAGAAACAUCUCACUAGUGAUUUGGCCAAGAUAGUGCUGCACACUUUAGUGUAGUGUAUCUUCUGAAUUUCCUUAGGCCAGUAUUGGUAUUACAUUCACACCUAUUGUUGAAUUGAGGUGCACUUUCCAGCUAUGCUGAUUAAUAAAAUGUGCCACAGACAUUUACACCCUACCCUAAAAUAAUAUAAUUAAUAUAAUAUGAAAACUGUGGUAAGCAGAAAUGUGUUGGGUGUUGCAAACACCAAAAUGCAAAGACCAUGGUUUGCUAAAAGUAUAGGCCCGAGACAGAAUCCAGCCCAGACUUGGGUGGAGCAGGGUCAGGUGGUAAGUGGGGCACAGACAAAGCAGCGCAAUAAGCUGCAUACUAAACCUCUAAAAGUUGGGAUGUGGGUUCAUAACUGGCUGAUGGGUUAUACGUUAUGAGUAUGAACAACUGUGAGUGUUUGCGUAAUUAAGUUCAAAUUCAACUCACGGUAUCCCAAAUUAAAAAUAUUUGGGUCUCAGUAAUCCUAUCACUUUCAGCUCCAAAACAUACAGUAACAGUGUAUUAAAGGGUGUCCCUGCAUUGGCAAUGUUAUGCUUUUUGUAUAUUUAGAGGGCUCUCUACAUGUGAAGUCCUGCGCACUCUAGGUGGGGAUUUGUAAGAAAUUGGCAUCUUGAUUUUGUUACUUAAUAUGAAAGCAGUUGUUCAGGGAACUUACAUGAGGCCCUGAUUAUCAUAACAAAGGUUUUCCUGUGAUUACUAAGGCCUAUGUCUGCUGAUUGUGUAUGUGAGAAAACUUGCUCAACAGGAUGUAGGAAAAUUGGGGGU